AUGCAGAUGGAUAAGUACUUCGACGAUGACUGUCUCAUGGGCAACCGGGAUUGUGAAUGGUCACCGUGGACGGACUGGAGCCACUGUGGCUGCGAUGUUUGUGGCGAGGAUCGCAAAGCACAGACGACGAGGGUGCGGCAUAUUGCUAACCAGGCGCCGCUGCAGAGCGGGAGAGCGAAGGAAGAGGUAACCACCUGA